CACAAGGAAUUCAACUGCAGGUACCAGGCUCUGCUGUCACCAAGCAACAUGAUGCGUAUCAUUAUCGGACUCGCGCUCACCUUGAGCUCUGUUUCGGCUUUGAAGAUCGGAGCAUUUAACAUCCAGUCUUUUGGAGACUCUAAGAUGUCAAAUCCUGAAGUGUCAUCGAUCAUCAUGAAGAUAUUGCCCCGUUAUGACAUUGUCCUGAUUCAGGAGGUCAGGGACUCUGAUCUCAGUGCUGUUGAAACACUGAUGACUGAACUGAACAGCCAUUGUAAAGAACCCCAGUAUUCCCAUGUGGUCAGUGAUACUUUAGGACGGGAUACUUACAAGGAACGCUACCUGUUUGUUUAUAGGAAUGACAAGGUCACUGCACAAGACUCCUACCACUACCACGAUCACAACUUGUACACUGGAGAAGACACAUUCAGCAGGGAACCGUAUGUGGUCCACUUCAAGUGCCUAAAUACAGUCAUUCAAGAUUUUGUGCUGGUUCCUUUACAUGCUGCACCUAAGGAUGCGGUUCGUGAGAUAGAUGCCUUGUAUGAUGUUUACCGCGAUGUGUUGGACAAAUGGCAGACCGAUAAUAUUAUCUUCCUGGGAGAUUUCAAUGCUGGCUGCAGCUAUGUCUCCAAAUCUGACUGGGACAACAUACGUCUGCAUACCUGUGAGGAUUUUCUCUGGCUCAUCCCUCACGAUGUGGACACCACCGUCGGGAAAACAAAUUGUCCAUAUGACAGAAUAGUUAUCAGUGGCGCAGACCUGCAGAAUGCUAUAGUGGAGGACUCAGCUCAAGUUUUCAACUUUCAUGAGAAGUACAAGCUAACACUAGAGCAGGCUUUGGCUGUGAGUGACCACUACCCUGUGGAGCUGGAACUAAUGUUGGCUUAAAGGGAAGCAGUAAAGGACGCCAUGCUUCGUCAUCUGCAUGGGCACUG